AUGUCAGAGAUUCUCCAGUACUGGGCACCUGUGUUUAACAGCCUGUCUGUCAUUUCCAAUUGGGAAACCCCCAAUCAUCGAGACCAUUUAUCUAUUCCUGAAUGCUUUGACAUUCUCACUACCAUGGGGAAUUAUUCUAAUGCUUGGAUGAGUAUGCCAAGCCUUCAGCUGGAGUUCAGGUACAAUCCAGGUUGCAUGAUUGUGUUUUCCAGAAAGAUUGUGAGACAUGGGGUUCAUGCAGUGGAAGGGGAUUGGAUU